CGUAGUUCCGGGCCGCCGCGGGGGCGGCGCGCGACCUUUUGAAAGUAAAGAGCGGUCGGGACGCAACGGCCGCUGCCGCCUGUGCGGUGCGGGGUUCCGGCUGGGGCCUUUUGAGGACGACACGACCUAGAGUGGUUGUUACAAUGGAAGGAACUGAUGAUUUCAAGACACCAAGCAAAUUAUCUGAUAAAAGGAAAUCUGUGUUAUGUUCAACUCCAUGUAUAAAUAUUCCUGCCUCUCCAUUUAUGCAGAAGCUUGGCUUUGGGACUGGGGUAAAUGUUUACCUAAUGAAAAGAUCUCCAAGAGGUUUGUCUCAUUCUCCUUGGGCUGUGAAAAAGAUUAAUCCCAUAUGUAGUGAUGAUUAUCGGAGUAUAUAUCAAAAGAGACUAACUGAUGAGGCUAAGAUUUUGAAAAACCUUCAUCAUCCAAACAUUGUAGGUUAUCGUGCUUUUACUGAAGCCAAUGAUGGCAGUCUGUGCCUUGCUAUGGAGUAUGGAGGUGAAAAGUCUCUAAAUGAUUUAAUAGAAGAGCGAAAUAAAGACAGCCAAGAUGCUUUUCCAGCACCUAUAAUUUUAAAAGUUGCUUUGAACAUGGCAAGAGGGCUAAAGUAUCUGCACCAAGAAAAGAAACUGCUUCAUGGAGAUAUAAAGUCUUCAAAUGUUGUAAUUAAAGGUGAUUUUGAAACAAUUAAAAUCUGUGAUGUUGGAGUCUCUCUACCACUGGAUGAAAAUAUGACUGUGACUGAUCCUGAGGCCUGUUACAUUGGUACUGAGCCUUGGAAGCCCAAGGAAGCUUUGGAGGAAAAUGGCAUCAUUACUGAUAAGGCAGACAUAUUUGCGUAUGGCCUUACUCUGUGGGAAAUGAUGACUUUAUCUAUUCCACACUUUAAUUUUUAUGAUGAUGAUGAUGAUGAAGAUAAAACUUUUGAUGAAAGUGACUUCAAUGACGAGGCAUAUUAUGCAGCAUUGGGAACCAGGCCACCUAUUAAUAUGGAAGAACUGGAUGAAUCCUACCAGAAAGUAAUUGAACUCUUCUCUGUGUGCACUAAUGAAGAUCCUAAAGAUCGUCCUUCUGCUGCACAAAUUGUUGAAGCUUUAGAACUAGAAGGCCAGUGAUCAUAUUCAUGACUAUCUCACAAUGAUGUAUGAUUUGUGUAUAUAACUGUUCUCUUUGUUUGGAUACAUUGUUACUGCGAUAAUCUAGUUACUAGACUCUGGAAGAGGCCUCUUGUAGGACCAUAGUAUUGUUAACAUUUGAAUAACUUCUUAAGGCUAUUCUUUUAUAUUUGUAUGAUAAGCACUCGGUAUUAUACUGGAUUUUCUGUGAAGUUUAAAAAACUAGCUAUGCAGGCACUUAGAUGUUGCUCAUACAGAGUUAAAACACUAGCUAUAAAUGUUGUAAACUAAUUUAAUUUGAAUUGAGUGACCAUUACUUUUAUUAGUGAUUUUUCUUAUUUUCUCUUUUUGUGGAUUAAAAUUAGCACUUUAUACAGUGCAAAAGCCUUCAUUUGCUUCUAUUUCUUUGGCUGAUGUACUUACUAAAUGGUCACUAGAACUUGAAGAAAUGACUCAAUAGAGUAGCUCCUUGGGUAAUAUGACUCUUUGGCUUGUCUUGCUAUCUUGUAUCUCCCCAAUUUUAGUUGUUUGCUUUAAUUUACUAAAUGUGUUUUCUGUACUAAGAUUCCUUUUUAAAUUUUUAUUUAUUAAUCUGUAUUGCUUUUCAAAGUAGUGGUAUUAAAAAUAAUAGAACUUAAAUAGGACAAUACAAAAUAAAGGACAGUUUUUGUACCAAA